UCCGCGGAAAGUUUCCCUGCUCUCGAAGGCCCCAGAGCCGCGCGCCGGGGACGUCCGCCAGAGGCCCGUCCCCGCCCGCCGCCGCCGCUCGUGUGGGCCGCCACGCGCUCGCCGCCGCCGCCGCCGCCGCUCUCAGUCGCCGUCCCUCUCGCCCUCUCUCCGCCGCCUGACACGCUGCCUCGCCACACGCACGUUGUUGCUACCUGUGUCCUCGAUGACGGUCAUGGAAGCCCCGGACAGUGGGAAUCCUCAUGUGUUCCUCGACGUCAAGAUCGGCGACGAAAUCGCCGGCAGAAUUAUUCUUGAGCUCUACAAGGAUAAAUGCCCCAGAACCGUAGAGAAUUUCAGAGCACUCUGCACGGGAGAGAAAGGAACCGGGCAGAAGGGCAGGCCGUUGCAUUUCAAAGGAUGCACAUUCCAUCGAAUCAUUGAGAACUUCAUGGUGCAGGGAGGAGACUUCACCAACCACGAUGGAACAGGCGGAGAGAGCAUCUACGGCGACAAGUUCGAGGAUGAGAACUUUGAAUACAAGCACUCGUCGGAGGGUAUCCUCUCCAUGGCCAAUGCGGGACCCAACACGAACGGGUCGCAGUUCUUCAUUACUCUCACAGCCACGCCACACUUGGAUGGGAAGCAUGUGGUGUUUGGAAGCGUAGUGAAGGGUCUUGGGGUGACGAAGCUCUUGGAGAAGGUCAAGACUGAUGGAGACAAGCCUGUGGAGAGGUGUGAAAUAUACGAUUGUGGAGAAUUCAAGCCCGGCGAAUCUUUUGGUAUCACUGAUAAUGACGGUACGGCUGAUGUAUAUCCACAGUUCCCUGACGACUCCAAUCUCAAUUUUGUAGAGGAUUCUAUGGCAACAUUAAUACAGGUUGUGAACGACAUUAAAGAUUCGGGAAACACCUACUUUAAGAAUCAAGAUUUUACAGCAGCUAUUAAGAAAUACCAGAAGAGUCUUGUCUAUAUUAAACAUAUUGAAGAACAAGGCAAAGCACGCAGUGACAUCACCGAGCUUGAAUUGAACAUCCUAACCAAGUUGUCUGUGUCGUGUCUUCUCAAUCAUGCGUUGUGUUCUAUUAAGCUCAGUUGGUUCGGCAAAGCAAUUAGUGAUUGCGAUAGGGCCAUCGAACUGGACGACUCCAACCCCAAGGCCUAUUUUCGCCGAGGACAAGCCUACAACCUCAGUAAUGAUAUUGAUUCAGCGAGAACUGACCUGGAGAAAGCUAAGGAGCUUGAACCCAAUGACAAGGGCAUCCUGAGGGAGCUCGAUGCAGUUCUGAAGAAGAUCCGUGCCAGGAAGGAGAAGGAGAAGGCAGCUUAUGCCAAGAUGUUCCAGUAACAGAGGGAUAUAGUUAUUAAAAUAGUGCAAGUGAUAACCAGUGUCGUACGUUCUCAGUACUUCUGUUAGUUGUGAUAACAGCUUCAAUUUGCUCUUGUAUCAAGAAGAAUGGCUGUAGAAGCCAGAGCAGUGAUGUUUUUUCUACUUUGGUUAAUGUAUUGUGAUUGUGCUUGGUAUUCUCUUUUUUUCAUGUGUGACAGAAUAAAACCCUGAACUAAAAGGAUUUUAGUUUUUCAUGAUGUUCAUGAAGAAAUGGUAAUUGUUGUAUUGGAAGAUGUUUAUCAUUAUUUGUUUUUUUGUUUAUGUUGAUGUUCAUGGAGAAAUUAUAAUUUAUGUAUUUAAAGGUGUUGAAGAUUGGCAAUAUUUACGUAUAUAAUUUUUUUUUUGUUGAUGUUCCUAUUUAUCAAUUUACAUAUGGUUGGAAAUUAGAUAUAUCCUGAUACAAGAAACAAUAAAAUUCCAAAAAUGUUGAAAUAAGCUAUA